AUGAAUCUUCCUCCAGACAAAGCUCGGCUCCUCCGGCAGUAUGACAAUGAGAAGAAGUGGGACCUCAUCUGCGACCAGGAGAGGUUUCAGGUGAAGAAUCCACCUCACACCUACAUCCAGAAACUCAGAGGAUACUUAGAUCCUGGAGUCACCCGAAAGAAAUUUCGCCGGCGUGUGCAGGAAUCCACAAAAGUCCUGAGGGAGCUAGAGAUAUCUCUGAGGACAAACCACAUCGGGUGGGUCAGGGAGUUCCUCAAUGAUGAGAACAGAGGUCUGGAUGUCUUGGUGGAGUACCUUUCCUUUGCUCAGUGUGCUGUCAUGUUGGAUUUUGAGGGCAUGGAAAAAGGGGAGGACGGCUUCUUGGACAAGUCAAAAUCAUGGAGCAGGUCCAUUGAAGAUCUGCACCAUUCGAGCACCCAACCCUUCUGCAACACUCUGGUGCGCUCGGCCCGCCAGUCUGUCCUGCGCUACGGAUCAGUUUCAAGCAGCAAAACCAUCAAGAACUCCCGGCUCGUGUGCCAAAAAGAUGACGUGCACGUGUGCAUCAUGUGCCUGAGAGCGAUCAUGAACUACCAGUAUGGCUUCAAUAUGGUCAUGUCUCAUGCACAUGCUGUCAAUGAAAUUGCCCUGAGUCUGAACAAUAAAAACUCCAGGACAAAAGCCUUGGUCCUCGAGCUGCUUGCUGCUGUCUGUCUCGUCCGAGGAGGUCAUGAGAUCAUCCUUUCAGCGUUUGACAACUUCAAGGAGGUUUGUAAAGAGAAGCAUCGCUUUGAGAGACUGAUGGAUUACUUCCGCAGUGAGGAGGGAAACAUCGACUUCAUGGUCGCCUGCAUGCAGUUCAUCAACAUUGUGGUUCACUCAGUCGAAGACAUGAACUUCAGAGUCCAUUUGCAGUACGAGUUCACCAAGCUGGGACUUGAUGACUAUCUGGAGAAAUGUAAACAUACGGAGAGCGACAAGCUGUCGGUGCAGAUCCAGGCCUACCUGGAUAACGUCUUUGAUGUGGGUGGCCUCCUGGAAGAUGCAGAGACGAAAAACGCAGCGCUGGAGAAGGUGGAGGAGCUGGAGGAGCACCUGUCCCAUGUGACAGAGAAGCUGGUGGAGGUUGAGAAUGAAACCAUGAUGAAAGUGGCCGACCUGGAGAAACUGCUCCUCCAGAAAGAUAAGGACCUGCAAGCCAUACGGGAGACGUACGAGUCGACCAACACCCAGGUCCACACCCUGAGGAGGAUGAUCAAGGAGAAGGAUGCUGCGUUCCAGAGGCACUUCACCAUCGAGAAGCGGCUCCUGGAGCUGGAGCAGCAGGGCACCAUCCGCCUGCACAAGAAACCCGAUGGUGACAUCACCAUCGAGCCUCUGGGGGUCGGCAGCCGGCUCGGGAUCCCUCUGGGGAACGUCGGCCAGCUGUCUCUGGGUUCAACAGCUGGGCUGACAGAACUGGGAGGAGCAGACACCAGCUUACCACCAGCAAGUGAAGCUCCUCCGCCUCCUCCUCCGCCGCCGCCUCCUCCUCCUCCUCUUCCGUCUGCUUCAGCUGCACCAGUCCCACCACCUCCUCCUCCUCCUCCUCUCGCGCCUCCUCUGCCAGAUGCGUCUCCCUCUGUCAUCCUGAGCGUGGGUCUGUCAGCAAUCAGGAUCAAGAAGCCCAUUAAGACCAAGUUCCGCUUGCCUGUUUUUAACUGGACGGCGUUGAAGCCCAACCAGAUCAACGGCACAGUCUUCAACGAGAUCGACGAUGAGCGCGUGCUGGAGGUUCUGGAUCUGGAGAAGUUUGAGGAGCUGUUUAAGACCAGAGCUCAAGGUCCGGUUGUGGAACUUUCCUGCACGAAGGGGAAAGUAGCCCAGAAGGCAGCGAACAAAGUCACACUUCUCGAUGCCAAUCGCUCCAAGAACCUGGCCAUCACACUGAGAAAGGCCAACAAGACCACAGAGGAGAUCUGCAGAGCAAUAGAGAAGUUUGACCUCAAGGCCUUACCUGUGGACUUCGUGGAGUGCCUGAUGCGUUUCCUGCCCACCGACGCCGAGGUGAAGGUGCUCCGUCUGUACGAGCGCGAACGGCGUCCUCUGGACCAGCUGGCCGAGGAGGACCGCUUCAUGUUGUUCUUCAGCAAGAUCGAGAGGCUCACCCAGAGGAUGAACAUCAUCACGUUCGUCGGGAACUUUGCCGACAACGUGAACAUGCUGACGCCGCAGCUUAACGCUAUCAUCGCCGCGUCCGGUUCAGUGAAGUCCUCGCCCAAGCUGAAGAGGAUGCUCGAGAUCAUCCUGGCUUUGGGGAACUACAUGAACAGCAGCAAACGAGGCUGUGUUUAUGGCUUUAAACUGCAAAGUCUUGAUCUGCUGCUGGACACCAAAUCUACAGACAGAAAAAUGACUUUGCUUCACUACAUCGCUCUCAUUGUGAAGGAGAAGUACCCUGAACUGGCCAACUUCUACAACGAACUGCACUUUGUGGACAAAGCUGCAGCAGUAUCUCUGGAAAAUGUGCUGCUUGACAUUCGAGAGCUGGGCAAAGGGAUGGACCUGAUCCGGAGGGAGUGCAGCCUGCAUGAUCACCCAGUGCUGAAAGGUUUCGUCCAGGGUAGUGACUCACAGCUGGACACGCUGCAGAGAGACGCCAAGACAGCAGAGGAAGCCUUCAACAGUGUGGUGAGCUACUUUGGAGAGAGCGCCAAGACGACCCCGCCUUCUGUGUUCUUCCCCGUGUUUGUGCGUUUCAUCAAGGCCUACAAGGAUGCAGUGGAGGAGAAUGAGCUGAGGAAGAGGCAAGAGGAAGCAAUGAGAGAAAAGCUACUGGCUCAGGAGGCUAAACAGCACGACCCAAAGGUCCAGGCCCAGAAGAAGAGGCAGCAGCAGCACGAGCUGAUCGCAGAGCUACGAAAGCGACAAGCCAAAGACCACCGACCUGUUUACGAGGGCAAAGACGGGACGAUUGAGGACAUCAUCACAGUACUGAAGAGCGUGCCCUUCACAGCCCGCACUGCUAAACGCGGCUCACGGUUCUUCUGUGAAGCCAACCUCUGCGAAGACGCCAACUGCUAGCCCUCCCGCUCUGUAAUGCCAAGGUUGUCCAGGUGUCUCCCGU